GCAACUACUGACAACUUGUAACUCCUCACGUCUUAGACUCUUAACCUAACCUGCACUCAUCUACUAUACACAUAUACCAAGAAGCUCGCCAAGACUCACGGGAAAUCUCGCUAUGUUCGGCUCUAUGCAAAUCAUCCCCACAGGAGUGCAUUCUCGGUGAAUCCGGGAGAAAGAAGGGCUACUGCAUAUGAAAGAAGGGGAAAAGAAAAAAGAAAAAGAAAAAGAGAAGAAAUUACACCCGCCAAGGCAUGCACAUGUGGCUGCACUCCAGGAUAUUCCACUUCACCUUCCUAUUGUGGCUACAAAAUUGCAGAAAUUACAACGAGGCCGCGUUUGUCUGCUUCCUGUUCCUGGUUGCCGGUUACUAGCUGGAGCCCGUCAUGGAAUUUAGCGUACAAGAAUGGGUCUCGCAUGGCCACUGCCUCAGAUGUGGUGGCCACAACCGUCCACAUACAGCUAUGACAAUCCUCCCAUAAUAUGCCAUGUAGUCAUGACUGCUGGCAGACGAGAUGAGGCCAAGAUAUGUCGACAUGUGCACAGGAAAAAGGCCAUGGCGUCUUAAAAGGAUUGCAAAAGAGUAUCGCAGCUGACCGCCAAGAAAUUAGCGGAUAUGACCGAUGUCAUGCUGAGCAGAAUAGACGACUGAAAAAUGCCCCCCAGAAAGACUUGGUUCAUUCUCGCCGAGCAUUCGACUGCUGCACCUCUGGUGUGCUGCGCUUGUGAUCGAGCCUUGCAGCGCGGAUCGCGAGGCUUGAAACAUUCCUGGAGU